AUGCGAGGCUCCCCAGGGAGGGAGACCAACUCGAAGAGAAUCCACCGGAAGAACAAGUCGAGGAGCCCGGGAACCGGCCCUCAAGGACGCAAGAGCACUUCACGUCCGACGACUGCUUCGACCGUUGAGGACAUAGAGGCGAAGGGCGUCAACGCCUGUGACGAUGACCGGCUCCUCUCCGGCCACCAGUCUCCUUCGUCGACGGCAAGAUGUCCGACCUACGAUUUGCCGCAGCGCGACCGGCUAGGAGUCGGUACCGAUGAGUCCCCACCACAGGACGAGGAUCCCUGGGCGGAUAUGCUGCCGGAAGAGGCCGAAUCGAUUCCCGAGUCCAUCGGACACUGCAGCAAUGCGCCGUACGGGCCUUCUGAUGCAUACUCCGACGACUAUGAGUGGUUCCCACCACCGGAAGAAGAACAUCCUUCCACGUACGCUGUGAGUGCGUCGCUUCCUGCCGACACACGCACAGUGUUACUCGAGUGCGUCAAGGUGACCGCCGAGAAUCCAACCACCGGAGCCUCGCGCGACGUUACCGUCUUCUUCGACAGCGGAAGUUCGCUGACUUUCGUCUCCACGACGCUGGCUGACGAUCUGGGUCUGCCACAACAAGGAAGUCGACACCUCCGUGUCAACGUCUUCGGCUCCACGAAGCCCACGCUCAUGGACGGCUUCGCUACCAAGCUCAUCCUUCGUUCGCAGCAUGGCCACUCCGUGCCGCUUCAUGCGACAGCAGCACCAGAUUGUAUCGUCAAAGCAGUUACCACAGCGCUGGUUGAGGACCACGAACUCCCACCACUCCUGGAUAACGAGGUCUCCCUGAUCUCGUCUCGUGAGACGCCCGACAUCCUCAUUGGACAAGACACCGUCCAACUCUUCAGACGCCAAACCAAGGGACGGCUCCCGAACGGCUUCGACCUGAUCAAGACCAUCUUGGGACCGAUGAUCGGAGGAGCCGGAAAGGUCGCCAACCCCACUUCGGCAUUCGACACCACCACUAUCGCAUUCGUCGACGUGUCCCUCUCUGACGGGACGGACUUUGACGGACUGUCCGAUGGCUCUGCUACCUCACCCAUCGCCAUCUUUCCACCACCACCAUCGAAUUCGAAGUUCAGCAAAACGGCUCUCCUUCCACCUGAGAGCAGAGAACCGGCGCACCCUGUCCUCCUGACAGAGUCGCGCCUCCAACCACCAAACAAGACGCGGACCGCAUGCUCUGCCCUCCUGGCGGAACCAUGCGACGCCCCGCUAGAGGAAACCAUGGUAUCCGGCUACUUCAGCGGACUGGUCGACAAAUCCGACGCCGAAAUUUUCGGUGACUUCUCCUACCUUGAGAACGCCGGCAUCGGUACCAGCGAGAUGACGCCCGACGACAAAGCGGCUGCAGAUAUGCUCGAGAGACUCAUCGCACGCGAGCCAGACGGACGCUACAAGGUCCCUCUCCUGUUCCGCACCGCCGACGGCGAACCCCCGUCCAACAACGACCUGCCGACCAACAUGCACCUCGGCAAAGGACGUGGCAUCUCGACCCGCAACUCGCUAGCCAAAGUACCGAAGAACCUCGCCGAGUACGAUGGCAUUAUCCGCGACUACCUGGCUCGCGGCUUCAUCAGUACGGCACCGCUCCAAACGAAGCAGACAAAGCACUGCCUGUCGCAUCACCCUGUGCACAAAGAGACCUCGACCACUACCGCUACGCGGCCGGUCUACGACGCCAGCGCCAAGCUACCCGGGCAUGCCAGCCUCAAUGACUGGCUCUACCGCGGCCCGGUAUUUCUUCCAACCAUACCAGGCGUCUUGCUGCGCAGCCGUCUCCCUAAGAUCAUCAUCGUGAGCGACAUUGGCAAGGCGUUCCUCCAAGUGGCGGUCAAGGAAUCUCACCGCGACUGCCUCUGGUUCGUCUGGUUCAAGGACCCGACCCAGGAACCCACCGACGACAACAUCAUCUUCUACCGCUUCGAUCGCGUGCCGUUCGGCCUGAAGUCGUCACCGUACCUUCUGGCAGGUGUUAUCAAGAAGCACCUCGAGAGCGAAGGCACUCCACUCGCCCUGGAGAUGCUCAGAAACUGUUACGUGGACAACGUCCUCCUCAUGGCCGACACCGUUGAGGAAGCUCUCCAGAAGUACCACGAGUCCAAAGCCAUCUUCGCCAAAGCGCAGAUGCCUCUUCGCGAGUACGCCUCGAACGACGCGAAGUUCAACGACGCCCUCGAUCCUGCAGACCGAGCUGACCUCCACAAGCUCCGCGAGCUCGGGAUCCGAUGGGACGUCACUGCCGAUUAUUGGGACAUUCCACUCCGGCCUAAACCGCAGAAAGAUCCUGUCCUCCUGACAGGAUCGACUGUUGCUAGCUCGGCUCAAUCCGUACCCCGGACGGAUUCGAAACUGGCAGCGGCUACUACGACACCGUCCAAGGGACCUGUCCUCCUGACAGAGACCCAAGGACCUGUGCUCUCCAAGAAACCCAAGCGGAAACGCCGCAAGCCAGUCGACGACGGCCGUCUCACCAAGCGUUCGAUGCUCCGCUUCGUCGCCCAGAUAUUCGACCCACUAGGGCUCGUUCAAGCUGCCCUCCUACUGGCCAAACUCGUCAUCCAGGAACUCUGGAAGGCCGAGAAAGACUGGGACGACGACAUCAGCGAGACGCACGCGCUUCUGUGGAAAGAAGCCAUCAGAGACCUCGCCACCACCUCUAUUCGGAUUCCACGCCGAUUAA